AUGGCAUUAAGUGAAACGAAGACACAAGAGCAAGGGUCAGUUGCGAACCCUCAACCGGACGUGAUCGAGCUCAACGUAGGGGGGCAGGUGUACUACACCCGUCACGCCACUCUAACCAGUAGCCCCAAUUCUUUAUUCGGCAAACUGUUCUCCAACAAGAAGGGCUCCUCUAACGACCUGGCCCGGGACCCCAGAGGACGUUUCUUUAUUGACAGGGACGGUUUUCUAUUUCGUUAUGUGUUGGAUUACCUCCGAGACAAGCAGGUGGUCCUGCCCGACCACUUCCCCGAGAAAGGAAGGCUGAAAAGGGAGGCUGAGUAUUUUCAGCUGCCCGAAUUGGUCAAACUUUUGUCAUCGGACGAUUCCAAACUAGUGUCCGAUGACUGCAGUGAUUUUGAAGAUGGCUCGCAGGACAGCGAGCACAGGUUCCUGUCAUCCUACUCUUUGGACCGCAGGUACGGCUACAUCACGGUUGGCUUCAGAGGGGCAUGCGCCACGGGGGGCAGGGAAAGCCAAGUAGACGCCAAAGCCAAAAAGGUGCCAAGGAUCUUUAUAAGCGGCCGCAUUGGCUUGGCCAAAGAAGUGUUUGGAGACGCCCUGAACGAGAACCGGGAUGCUGAUAGGCCACCGGACCGCUACACCUGCCGGUUCUUCCUUAGGUUCAGACAUUUGGAGAGAGCCUUCGACAUGCUGUCCGAGAACGGCUUCCACAUCGUAGCCUGCAAUUCGUCCCUCACCUCGUCCUCGAUCGGUCAUUACGCGGACGACAGGGUCUGGUCCAAUUACACACAAUACGUGUUCUACCGUGGGUCUUCCCGAUGGUCAUCCUCCCACUGCGACUGCUGCUGCAAGAGCCACAAGAGCGAGCGCGAGGGCGAGAGCUGCACCUCCUUCAACGACCUCUCCACCUCCUGCUCCGAGACCCAGUCGGAGGCCAGCUCCCCCCAGGGCACAGUGAUCCGCGGGCCGGUGACCCGCCGGCCCAACGUCCAGACCCUGGACCGGCCCAUGAAGACGGGGCCGUCGCCCAUGCUGCAGCAGGCGGAGAUGCGCCGCAAGACGGAAAUGCUGCGGGUGCGAACCUUUGGCGCUCGGGACCGGGAGGCUGCCAAGAGGAAAGCCAACAAGGAGAGGAUGACUCCGGAGCAGGAGUUGGAAAAAUGCAUCCAGGACUUCCGGCGCAUCAGAAUUCCGGAUCGCUUCCCAGAAAGGAAGAAUAUGUGGCAAUCAGAGCUGCUGAGGAAAUAUAGACUCUAAUAGAGAGUGUCACAUGUGUCUGUGUGUGUAUGCGUGUGUGUGUGUGUGUGUGUGUCUGUGUCUGUGUGUGUAUUAACGUGAAGGCGAUUUCUAAACAGACACCUGUGUACGUGUGUAUGUUUGUGUGUGCUUGUGUGUGUCUGUGUGU